AUGUCUACGCUGCCCCCCGACCAUCGCAAAGGCGUGUCGCGAGCAACUGGAAGCACCGUCAACAUGACUGUAUCACAGUCUUCAAAGGCCAAACCGACCUCCAAAGCCAGCAAUGGCAAGCCAAAGACAAAGACGCAGAUGCAUCGUCGUUCAAGAACAGGCUGCUAUACUUGCCGUCUGCGACGCAAGAAAUGCGACGAGGGAACUCCCAUGUGCACAGCCUGCAAGCACCUCGGCUUGCAAUGCGAGUACAAGCGACCCAUGUGGUGGAGCAACAACGAUAUGCGAAGGAAACACAAGGAGGACAUCAAGAUGAUCAUCAAGCGCAAGAAGCUCUCUGAGAAGUCAUCACACAACAUCCAGAACUCUGUCACCAGCUCUCCUCCUGGCCUCACCCACUCUCUUCCCACAUCAGCCACCUUCACUGAUCCUCUCGACCGCACAAGAUCCGCCUCCAUUGACUCACAAUUCCCAGCUGCUUUCAACUUUAACAGCCCUCCUAGUGGCAAUGAGUAUGGAUUCGGUGCGCCAAUGCACCCCGAGUUCAUGUUUGGCAGCUACUCGCCUUAUGAGAUCGAUGUCAAGACAGAGCGACAGAUGUUUGUGAAUGAUGUGCCCACAGUUCGCGAAUCACACAUAUCCACCUUCAGCACUUACCACACUCCUCCCCCAGCUGGUACUAUUCUGCCCAACGGUCCUCUUGACGGCGAGUGGGCCGAGCAGGUCUUCCAAGAGCGCAAGGAAUCCCUUUCAGAGGAGACUCUCAACUGCAACUUCUUCGACUUUUCACAUGGCCCUUCCACAGAGUCGAGGCAAGUCAAGAUUGAGUUGGAUGAGAAUGACCAGCGUCUGCUGGACCACUUCAUCCAGUUCGUUCUGCCAACCAUCUUUCCCAUCCUCGAGUCCAACCAACAUUGCUCAGUCAGCUCAGAUCUGAUCCUCCCUGCUCUUCAAUCAAACAGUGCCUACCUUCACUGCUGCCUGAGUGUCGCUGCCCAACACCUCAAAUCACAUACCAAUGGCUCCACCUCUACCGAGGACAUCGACAACGACAUCAUGCGCCAUCGCUAUGCUACCAUCUGGGCUCUUUGCGAGGCUCUCAAGAAGGACGAGAAUCACCAGCAAAUUCUCGAAGCAACCCUUGGCCUCAUCUUCUUCCAAUCUGUAGUUGGCCGCUAUGACGAUGGCCUUCUCGAUAUUCCUUGGCACCAGCACUUCCAGGCUGCCAUCAGCUUGGUACAGAAGCUUGACCUUCCCGGCAUCGUCUCCGAUCCUACUCGGGCUUCAAUGCAAACCCCCUUCAACAUGUCUCUCUCGUGA